CAAGAUAAACUUUUUAUAUUUUUUUGUAUUUGCUCCGUUUCAGAAAAGGAAAAUGAAGAAGAGAGAAGAAGGAAAAAAGCAAAUCGCGAGUGAUGAUGUGUAUCAUCGGUAUCUAUCUACGACUAUCUAAAAGUGUUGUGGCUGCGUUUCCCCCCCCGGUGUCAGAGACGCAAUCAUCAUUAUGGGAUGAAUGUUGCAUUCUCUCACACGCAGUCCUCUCUCUUGUGGACAUCUGGCCCCCUUCUGCUGCGUACUGGUCUCUCUCGGGGUCGAAGUUUCCACCCGCGAGCGAACAGUUGGUUCCGAGAACCCACCUGACAAGGGAGACAGAAACCUGGAGGGGUUAAGUAUGCCCUUGUGAUCAUUUCAAAUGACAAGUUGCUGUGCUUUUUCUCCGCUGUCGUUCAUUCAGUUCUGGCCAUACUUCAUAUGUCCCUGGCGAUGACAUGGCACACAUCACAUCCCUUGCGCUCACGUUGCUUGUCGACGUUAUUUGCCCACUACGCCCCCCAAAACUCCCAACUCGUAUCGAUCCGUGUGUAAAACAAUCUGGCUCCAUGACUUUAUCCUUUGGCAUGGCACAUAUGGCCCAGGGACCACUCGCAGUGGCGCCCGCAUCCUUGUCAACGCACACAAGAUGUGCUGACAAGCCGCGUGAGUCAUCCCCUUCAUAAGGCUGCACCGUUGGUGAACCGGCGAUGUUACUCGGAGUACGUGCUUUU